CACUGGCGCUGUGCGUGAUUUGGCCGAGCUACGCUACUCUGAAACGGGGUUGCUGUCAUUUGUUUUCCCCUAAUAACGGCGGGGCCCUUCACACAACGCGCCGAACCUUAAGUCACCUCCAACGCAAACGGUACCGCGACAGGUCCUCGCAACAGUUGUCCCGUACGCACGUCAGGCUUGAGAGAACGAGCGAGCGCAACGACGUGAGGGCCGCUGGGCCGAGACUCGAAAUCUUGUAGCAACCAUGGCGAGCUACAACACCAUAAAAGUGGUGGCGCGGUUUCGCCCGCAGAACAAGGUGGAAAUCGCCAGCGGGGGAGAGCCGAUUGUCGAAUUCAAGACGGAGGACACAUGUGUGAUUCAGUCGAAAGAGGCCUCGGGGGCCUUCACCUUCGACCGUGUCUUCGAUAUGUCCUCCCGCCAGACCGACGUAUUCGACUUCUCCAUCCGCAACACUGUCGACGACAUUCUUAAUGGCUACAACGGCACCGUUUUUGCCUAUGGCCAGACCGGCGCCGGAAAGUCGUACACCAUGAUGGGGAGCGAUAUUGACGACGACGAGGGCAAGGGCAUUAUCCCGCGUAUCGUGGAGCAGAUUUUCGCCAGCAUGCUUGCCUCCCCAAGCAACAUCGAAUACACCGUCCGAGUCAGCUACAUGGAGAUUUACAUGGAGCGCAUUCGAGACCUGCUAAACCCCGUCAAUGACAACCUGCCGGUACACGAGGAGAAGAACAGGGGGGUUUAUGUCAAGGGUCUGCUGGAGGUGUACGUGUCAAGCGUACCGGAAGUCUACGAAGUCAUGAGAAGGGGUGGGAACGCGAGGGCGGUCGCAGCAACAAACAUGAAUCAGGAGUCUUCGCGGUCACAUUCAAUCUUCGUCAUCACCAUCACGCAGAAGAACCUCGAGACUGGGUCUAUGAAGAGUGGGCAGCUGUUCUUGGUCGAUCUGGCAGGUUCCGAGAAGGUUGGAAAGACGGGUGCCAGCGGGCAGACAUUGGAGGAAGCUAAGAAGAUCAACAAGAGUUUGAGCGCUCUGGGAAUGGUUAUCAACUCGUUGACCGACGGCAAAUCUUCACAUAUUCCUUACCGAGAUUCCAAACUCACGCGUAUCCUCCAAGAAUCACUGGGUGGUAAUUCCAGAACAACUCUCAUCAUCAACUGCUCCCCGAGUAGCUACAACGAUGCUGAAACAUUAGGGACCCUACGGUUUGGAAUGCGAGCGAAGACAAUCAAGAACAAGGCCAAGGUCAACGCGGAGCUUAGUCCCGCAGAGCUCAAGGCACUGCUCAAGAAGGCCCAAGGACAGGUCACGACGUUUGAAGGGUAUAUUGCGAAUCUCGAAGGCGAAGUCUCGCUCUGGCGUGCGGGCGAGACGGUUCCAAAGGACAAAUGGACACCAGCGUUGGAACAGGGUCCUGGUACAGGCAGGAAAACCCCAUCGACCCCAUCGCGAUCGGAGACUCCAUCAAGAUUAGGGGCGGCAAGAGGCACAGAUACCCCAUCAAGACCGGAUUCUAGACUGGAGCUGGAGCGGUCGGGGACACCAAGCAUACCACUAGACAAAGACGAGAAGGACGAAUUCCUCAAGCGGGAGAACGAACUUCAAGACCAGGUCGCAGAGAAAGAGUCGCAGCUCGCGAAAUCGGAAGACAUGCUCAAGACCGCGAAGGAUGAGCUUCAGUACUACAAGGAACGCGAUUCCAAGUCAAACAAAGACAACGAGCGGAUGACGAGCGAGAUUAACGAGUUGAAAAUGCAGGUUGAGAAGCUCAACUUUGAGGGCAAGGAGGCCCUCAUCACGAUGGAUGGUCUUAAGGAGGCUAACUCGGAGCUCACUUCUGAACUGGAUGAGAUUAAACAGCAGCUCUUAGACGCAAAGAUGAGCGCAAAAGAGACUAGCGCGCUUUUGGACGAAAAAGAGAAAAAGAAGGCAGAGCGUAUGGCACAGAUGAUGGCUGGUUUCGACCUCGGUGGAGAAGUGUUCAGCGAGAACGAGCGUAGCAUCCGGAAGAUGAUCGACCAGCUUGACACUUUACACGAGAUGAGUUCCAAUGGCGAGGCCGUCGCUCCAGAUGCGCUCCAAGAUCUCCGACAAAAGCUCGUGGAGACCCAAGGUAUUGUUCGACAAGCAGAGCUGUCUCUCACUGCCCGGAGCGAAGAAGACCACGUCCAUGGGCGCCGACGCGAGGCUCUUGAAGCCCGUGUUGCAAAUCUCCAACAAUCGUAUGAAGAACUCCUCGAACGGAAUCUCACCGAGGAGGACACCGAGGAACUCAAGGCAAGACUUGCCGAUGCUUAUGCUGCACGGCAAGAAGGCAACCUCGAGCUUGCUCAAGAGCUCAAACAAGAUCUUGCGCGUACUAAGGAAGAUAACCAGAAACUCAAGACCGAAGUGGAUGGUCUUCAGCAGCGGAUAAAGAGCGGCGCGAUCGCGAAUGGUGUUGCUAAUGGCAUCAACGGCAAGACAGUCCAGCAACAAAUUGCCGAAUUCGACAAUAUGAAGAAGAGCCUAAUGCGGGAUCUCCAGAAUCGGUGUGAGCGGGUCGUUGAGCUCGAGAUUUCGCUAGAUGAAACGCGUGAGCAGUACAACAACGUGCUGCGCACCUCCAACAACCGCGCCCAGCAAAAGAAAAUGAUGUUCCUUGAACGCAACUUAGAGCAGCUUACCGUCGUCCAGCGCCAACUCGUUGAACAGAACUCAUCGCUGAAGAAGGAAGUCGCCAUCGCAGAGCGCAAGCUCAUCGCCCGUAAUGAACGUAUACAGAGCCUCGAGAAUCUACUCCAGGAUUCCCAGGAGAAACUCACGGCAGCGAAUCAUCGAUUCGAAGGCCAACUCACAGCCGUGAAAGAGCGGCUCGAAGCCGCCAAAUCAGGCUCUACUCGCGGCCUCGGUUCGCCUACCGGCGCUUCCUUCGCUUUCGGCGGCGCCGUCGGAUCUCGUAUUGCGAAGCCGCUGCGAGGAGGAGGAGGCCCUGUUCAAGAUGGCCCGGUCUUGCCUGUGCUUAGUAAUUUGCAGCAGGAGAGCGGGAAUUCCGGUGGGAAGAGGAGUAGUUGGUUUUUUAAUCAGCGGUGAUGGGGGUGAAUCAUGAUUUUGCGGGAGAGGUGAUGGUAUCUUAUCUUAAGACAUCUUUACACCACGCUAUUUAGAAUAGAGAGGGAUGUCGGUGUAGUGGGUUGAGCUUUUUUGCACGCUUGGGGGAUUGCCUGGAGGAGUGUCGUAUGCACAUAGCUCUGGGAAGUUUUUGGAUUCCCCGAUUGGACUGGCGCGCGCGUUUGGUGAGCCGGCGUUUUGGGAAUGGAAUGGGGGUUUAUGAAUGGGAUGGAUGCUCCUCACUCCGCUGCAUGUGGGAACAAAUGGAUGACGGGCGAGGGUGGCUCCAGACAGGACAGGUGAAGGUUGGUGAAUCGGAGUGUCGCAUGGCGAUGCAUUCAUGGGAAUUGGUGUGUCGAUGCGCCGGUUUAGUAACUCUUGUUUCUAAAUGAAGAAUUUAUAUCCCUGCC